GCUUUGACUAUCGUCUUUGAUGGCGAAGGAGCAAAUCUUGAGGCCUUGGUUUCUGGAUCUCGUACCGGCUUUGGUUAUUUUGCUCGCCGCAGCUCAUGUCAUGGCCUUGGGUUACUGGAUUUACAGAUUGGCGACUGAUCGUCGGGCUCAGAGUCAGAGAGGAAAGUUUCACUGAGGAAAAGAGUAGGUUUCGUAAGCUGCAUAGUUCCCAUAAACUGGCGGGUUUUGGCUUCCGAUCUGAUGUUUGUGAUCGUUGAUUUUGUAGCUUAUGAUGUCGUUAGGUGGAUCAUAUCUGUUUACUAGUUUGUUUUCACCUAUGUUUGUAGCUUCUUUCGACUUUUUAUGCAAUUUGCUGUUUUGAGUUGUUCUAAAUAGAUUUUGUAACACUUUCUCAUUGUUUUGUUUCAUUACACCGUUGAACUUU